UUAACGAAGCCUCUUUGGGAGGAGUAACGUGGGCGUCUGGUCAACCGAAUGGGAUCCCGACUGCUUGCAGAGUGUGACGGUCCAGUAUAAAGAGGGUGAAGGAAUGAGCACGGGCGGCCAUAGUGGAAUGAAGGGCAGGCUGGAGAGACGCUCGAAUUCCGGGAACGUCUUCCUGUGCGAGUCAUAUGUCACACUACCCACGAUGCAAAGCUAACGCCUGACCUCCUGAAGAAGGUGGUAGCCGACCUGUCCGUGACCCACACAUGGCGGCUCUCGGGAACCCUGAUAUGCUGACGAGGAGGAUCAAGCUGUGGGACCUCAACCCGCACAUCACGUGUCACUUGUGCGAGGGCUACCUGAUCGACGCCACCACUGUCACCGAGUGCCUGCACACUUUCUGCAGGAGCUGUCUGGUAAAGUACCUGGAAGAGAACAACACCUGCCCCACCUGCAGGAUCGUGAUCCACCAGAGCCACCCGCUGCAGUACAUCGGGCAUGACCGCACAAUGCAAGAUAUAGUCUACAAACUGGUCCCGGGGCUUCAAGAUGCGGAGAUGAAGAAGCAGAGAGACUUCUACCAGAAGCUGGGCAUGGAGGUUCCUGGCGACGUCAAGGCGGAGCUCUGUGGUCUGAAGGCGCAGCUGGAGCUGCAGCAUAAUGGUGACAUUAAGUCAGAGGACAAGGGCACCAAGGAGGCUGGAGAGGAGAGGGGAGAGGGAGAUGAGGACUACCACCGGAGCGACGAGCAGGUGAGCAUCUGCCUGGAGUGUAACAGCAGCAAGCUGCGGGGCCUGAAGAGGAAGUGGAUCCGCUGCUCCGCCCAGGCAACCGUCCUGCACCUCAAGAAGUUCAUCGCCAAGAAGCUCAACCUCACCUCCUUCAACGAGCUCGACAUUUUAUGCAACGAGGAGAUCCUAGGCAAGGACCACACGCUGAAAUUUGUUGUCGUCACGAGGUGGAGAUUUAAGAAAUCCCCGCUUCUGCUCCAUUACAGACCUAAGAUGGACCUCCUGUAGGAUGCCCGGGGGGGGGGGGGGGCGCUUCUUACGCCUGGACUGUGCUGUUUAUGCAGAGACUGUCAUUCUCGCCCCCCUGCAUCUGACGCACCAGUGAGGUGAAAACUAACGGCACUGAAAACUCGCCCAACCCCCCCCACCCGAUCUGUCUGCCUCACCUGGGGUGACUGCGCCCGUGACUGGACCGUGACUGGACCACUCACACAUAACGCACAGUUACAGGCCACCCAACGACAUGAAGUAUGUAUUUAUUCUCUCUGCACCGAUGAGAGAAUGGGGAGAGCCAUUCAAAAACCUCCAGGAACCCUGUUUACACGUGAUCAAGAAGUAGUCACAUGAUCAAGCCCCGCUGAGCGGUCACAUGAUCAAGCCCCGCUGAGCGGUCACAUGAUCAUCCCCGCUGAGCGGUCACAUGAUCAAGCCCCGCUGGGCGGUCACAUGAUCAAGCCCCGCUGAGCGGUCACAUGAUCAUCCGGCGGUCACAUGAUCAAGCCCCGCACAUGAGCGAUCCCUGCCACUCCCCUCUCCUCCCAGCUGCCCCCGCCCUGAUGGGGUGUGGUCACAUGGGGAUGUGCCACAUGGCCAGCUCGCCGUUCUCAUUCACAUCACCAUAAGGUGCACAUCUUCCAUAGUUUCGUUCCAAGCACAUCUUCCAAGCGCAUCUUCCAAGCGUCUCUUUUGUCUAAUUCAUUGUCUGAUCUCAACUGGGCAAAUUAUUUUUGGUGUGGUUUUGGUCAGUGGGUAUGUAUAAAGUCACUAUGAGAGUUUCUUAAAUUUUAUAAUGCUAUAAAUAGUCCUUAAAAUGCUAUAACUGGUCACUGCAUAAAAGAAAUUCUUAACAAUAAAUAAGAAAUUACUAAUUAAAAAAUGAUCACAAGUCAGAGUAUGCCACAGCUCUUUACAGCAUAUGCCUGUGGACUGAUAGCGUAUACAGAUAAAGGGGCAGUUCCCAGAAUCCUCCGGUGCGAAGGUGAUGAUGUUGUUCUGCCGUCUCUCUGCCAUUUCACUGCCGUCGUGGGUCAAAUGUGUGGCGAGGGUUUUGGCCACAACGGCCGCCUUUCUUCAGCCACCAGAGACGGAUAUGAUGUUUACUGACAGCUUAGAGCAGAAAUCUGGCUGAAGCGUGUAGCAGUCAGCAGCCGUGGAAAGCCGGGGGCUGUUCGUGCUGUGCAGGGCCGACGCAGAGGCACUCAGCCUGGCCCCCUCUUCCCGUUUAAGGCCUCUCUGUUGCCCACCUCCCAUGCAGAGCUCAGGGUCUCCUCUAGUGAUGUUCUGGACCCGAGACUCGGUCCACUGUCACUCAAAAAUGUCAGUGCUGAACUAACGACUCCAGAGGGACCUGAAGAUUGUGAGAAUCACCAUCCACUCAAUGUAACCUUAUUUAGGAAGUGGUUUUAAAUGUCUCUAUUCCAGGGUGCUUGGCAAAAGAUUAACAUGAAAUACUCACAGCACCACAAGAGUAUGCAGUGUGUCUUUGAGCAAGGCUGCUUCACCUCACAGGAUUCUGCUAUGUUUUUUCUAGAAAAACGUAUAAUAUUGACCAAAGGGAAUUGUAUAUUUUUGUCUGAAGUUGAAAAAUGUUAAAUAUCCAUAUUUAAUUUAAUUAGCUACUUCUAUUAGAAUGAAAAGUUAGUUUUUCCCCUACUAUAGAAUAGGAAAUACAACAGAACAUUAGCCUGAGUCCAAACUGUGAAUGACCCAGUUACAGAGUUUCUAUUGGCUAAUUAGAUGAUAAUAAUAUUUAAUUAUCUAUCUCUUUGUCUUCUGGUUUGUUUGAUGUUUGAUUAUGUGUGUGUGUGUGUGUGUGUGUGUGAGAGAGAGAGAGAGCCGGUGUA